AUGCAUCGUCCGCAGCUUGCAGGCCAGAGCCUGAAAAGGUUCUCGAGCGCUCUGCGGAGCUGUCGUGGCUAUGUCACUGAAGCGGACGUCGAAUCUGCGCGACGAUACUGCUUGACCCAGCUUCACACGAGCGACUACGAUGCGCACCUCAUCCGACGCUUCGUCCCUCGUGCCGUACAAGAUACGUACGCGGCCCUUCGUGCACUGAACAUCGAGCUCGUCAGACUCCCAGAACUCGUUUCGAACCCGGUCAUUGGAACGAUGCGGAUGAAAUUCUGGCAAGAGUCCCUCGAAAAGACUUUUGCAGGCCAACCCCCGCGCGAACCCAUCUGUAUCCUCCUGCACAAGGGCCUGAAGGAGCUGGAUGCGCGCGCUGGAGGCACCACGAGGGCGUCGAUCAAGUUUUGGGUCUCACGGCUGGCCAAGACGCGAGAGAAACACAUGGAUAACCGACCGUACGCAAGCCUUGCGAGCCUUGAAGAAUACGCGGAGAAUACAUAUUCCACCAUGAUGUAUGCCUCCUUGGCGUCGGUCCCUCUGCGGUCGAUGCAUAUGGAUCAUCUCGCCAGCCAUAUCGGCAAGGCAUGCGGCAUCGUCGCCAUCUUACGGGGAAUACCCGUCCUCGCAGCAUCCGCACAGCAGGUGCAUUCUUCAGGCACGCAAGCGCCCCAGGCUCGGGAGCCGUCUCUGCUGCUGCCGCUGGACGUCAUGGCAGAGGAAGGGGUCAAGGAGGAGGAAGUGUUCCGUCGGGGACCGGAUGCGCCGGGACUUCAGGAUGCCGUGUUCAAGGUGGCCACACGAGCAAACGACCAUUUGAUUACUGCCCGGGAAAUGCUGAAGCGCUUGAAGGAAGGUCAGGAUCCAGGCCACGACUUUGAAUACGAGGGAGAGACGGAGCACAUGUACGAAGGCGAGAGCGACACUGCAAGGGACAUACGGCAGAGCUUUGGCGUAAUGCUAGAGGCUAUCCCUGCGCAAAAUUUCUUGGAGAACUUGGAAAGGGCCAACUUCAAUCCAUUUGCUGUCAAGAGCAGUGGCUGGAGAUUGCCGUGGAGCAUAUGGCAAGCGUUGUCGAAGGAGCGGCUAUAA